UCAUAUUUCCGACAGCAUUGAAGGCAACAUCUGAACUCCACAAGUUCCGUCAAGCAGCAGCUUCCCCGCGAAAAUCUCCUGUUCAGUUUGAAAACAAGAGGCCUGGACAGAGGGUGUCCAAAUGCAAUAAAAAACAAAGUGUGUCAAGAUAAUGAACAAAGAAAAUGGCUGCUCAUACCGUCAUUCCCAUCUCUGAGCUGCAUCCCAACUUCACUCAUCCGAAGGUUGUUGGCAUCAUUAUUGGAAAAACUGAUAUCAAAAGCUUCCCUGACCGAAGAAAUGCAAGUGUUGACAGAUUCACUUUUAGCUUCACCAUUAAGGACUCACCUGACUUCUUCAUCAAUGUGACGGCCUGGGGUAACGACAGAUAUAUCACCGGGCUCACUAACAGCUUCAGCAUUGGAGAUUGUGUGACAAUUGAAAAUGCUUUAGUUGCCACCAAAGACCUGGAGAAAGGAGACCAAUUCAGUCCUGCAACACCAAGCCACUACAAGCUGCUGGUGAUGGAGGCUCAUUCUCUGGUGAAUUUGUGUGCUGACAUGGACACCAUUGACAGGCUGCUGCCAUUGAUUCACCUGCCUGUGAAGGACUCCACAGAUUUCUACCCUCUGGGAGACAUAGUGGCCAACGGACAGAAGAUGCACGGCUCUGUGAUAAACAUACUGGCUGCAGUGAAACUGAUUGGAGAGACGAAGGAGUUCACCACAGACGGACGCAAAGGGCAGCGGCUGGAAGUGAAACUCUUUGAUGACUCCGUCUCCUCCUUCCCCCUCAUCUGCUGGGACAGAGAGACCAUUCAGCUCAUGCAGACUUUGAUACCCAAGGAGUCACUGCUCUUCAUAGCCGACGCCAAGAUUACAUUUGACAGCUUUCGCGGCAGCAUGGUGGCAACUGUUAACUCAAGAAGCAUAAUCACUGUCAAUCCUGACACCAAAGAGGCCAGUUUGCUGUUCAGUUACACUAAAGAAGUGUCAGAAUCUGGAGCUCUGGAUGAAGACGAGACACCAGAGGAUGUGCCUGUGGAGUCCAUCACCGAUGUGUACACGGUGAGACAGUUGAAGCAGAAGGCCCAGGAAAAUCCUGAGGCUUUCUUUGGCAUCACAUACAGCUUCAUCUCCAAGCUUGACCUCGACUCUUCUGUUUCAAAAGUCAUCCGGACACGGUGCUCCAGGUGUAAGUUCCUGGUGCCUGAGGACAUGCUGAGCUGCACCAAUCAGCUGUGUCCAGGGAGAGAUCAGGUUUUUUCCGCCGCCACAUGCUUUGACCUGCUGGUGGACUUAUCAGAUCACACCGGCAGUCUGCAGGCCUGCCACCUCAGAAGCCCAAUGGCAGAGAAAACACUUGGUUGCACUAUAGAGGAGUUUACCAGUUUGACCGAUGACGAGCGGACUAAAAUGAAGUGGAGGCUUCUCUUGGAGAGAUGCAAAAUAUAUGUGAAGGUCGUCCCUUCCGCUAAGAUAAAGACUGGGGUCCGGGGGACGAUCCUGGCCUGCUCACUGGCAGAUCCAGGAGAGGUGAAACAGCACAUGUCUGCUCUGCAGCAACACUGACAACAGAAAGGUUCAUAUGUUCUGUUGACUGCUUUACCUGCUGUUUGGUACAAAGUGUUCUGACUGAGAGGUUUGUAGACGUUUAUUCACAUAGGCUUUUAGUUUUAUGGUCAGAUAGAGUCUUUAUUUAUUCAACUGCCUUAUUUAUUUAACUUAUUCUAAAUGUAUUUAUUGAAGGACAUGUUGAU